UAUCAUCUCUCUCCUCUCUCCUCCAUCUUUUUCUUUCUCAAAAAUAAAAAUCCUUCUCUCUCAUCUCUCUUAGUUUUAGUUGAUUUCUCUCUCCAGAAACCCUAAAGAGCCGUUUACUUCCCCCAAUUCUAAUGGACGAUGACAGUAAUAAUCAAGAUACGUUGAGCAUUCGCAAUUGGGGCUAUUAUGAGCCGUCCUUUAAAGGGCAUCUCGGUCUGCAGCUCAUGUCGAGCAUGGCAGAUCGUGAUACGAAGCAUUUCAUACCCGGGCGUGAUCCUACUAAUGUUAUGGUUGGUGCAAAUGGCGCUUUUCACCCACGCGAUUGUGUGGUGUCUGAUGCCCCUGGGCCUAUGAAUUAUAUGAGAGAUACUUGGAUGAGGGAGAAGUACUUUAAUAUGCUAGCGCCAAAUCCUGGUUAUGCUGUUCUCCCCGAAACUUCUGCUGCUCACUCUUUGCAGGUUAUGCAGCCGCCCAAUCCUUCAAGGGAUGAGAGGUUGAGUAGGAUUGAGGAGCCAAUUGUAAAUAAGGAAGGUAACCAGCUGAAGAAAAGGCAGAGUGGGACUACCCCGAAACCCCCCAAAGCGAAGAAACCUAGGAAGCCGAAAGAUAAUAGUAAUAACGCUGUUCAGCGUGUGAAGCCAGCUAAGAAAAGUAUGGAUGUUGUAAUAAAUGGAAUUGAUAUGGAUAUUUCGGGUAUCCCUAUUCCAGUUUGCUCAUGCACUGCAACUCCUCAGCAGUGUUAUCGCUGGGGCUGCGGUGGAUGGCAGUCUGCUUGCUGCACCACAAACGUAUCGAUGUACCCCUUGCCAAUGAGCACCAAAAGACGGGGGGCUAGGAUUGCUGGAAGGAAAAUGAGUCAGGGUGCGUUUAAGAAAGUAUUGGAGAAACUAGCUGCUGAAGGCUAUAACUUUGCUAACCCGAUUGAUUUGAGGACUCACUGGGCAAAACAUGGCACCAACAAGUUUGUGACUAUCAGGUAGUUUUCUACAUGUUGGUACCGACGGUGGGACUCCCAUUGCAUUUGGUCUGCAUCUCUUGUAUAUAUCUGUGGCCUUUCGCAGAGAUCUAUCCAGCUCGUUGUAGUUCAUGAAUCUUCACAGAUAUGAUACAUGUUUUUUGAAUUUUAGUCUUCUGCUUAUUUUUGGAACCUUUGUUAAUUUUUCAAUUCUGUUAUGUGUUAUAAAGGGAACCAGUAACUUCUUCCCACCAGGAUGUAGGAUGUGGAUGAAAUUAUUUUUGUUGGAUUUUUCUUUAACAUCUUAUUUAACAUUCAAAUUAUCAUUGAUUGGUAAUUGAUUUCUUCUUUA